ACUCAUUCAUUAAACCAUCAAAAGUUUCUUCAUCUAUUCACUCUUCAGAAGUUUCCACAUUUUUGAUAACUUUUAUCUGUUGAACACACAGAGAAAAAAGACAUGGAGUUUGUUUCCAUGUUUUGCUUAUUUGCUUUCAUUUCUUGCUCCCUUCUUCUUCUCCAUUCUAUCUGCAAGUUGUUUGCUUUUGGUAUUAAGAAGUUGCCACUUCCUCCUGGUACUUUGGGUUGGCCUUAUAUUGGAGAAACUUUCCAACUUUACUCUCAAAACCCCAGUGUCUUCUUUGCCUCCAAAGUCAAGAAGUAUGGUUCAAUAUUCAAGACUCACAUAUUGGGAUGUCCAUGUGUGAUGAUAUCAAGCCCAGAGGCAGCAAAGCUAGUUUUGGUGACAAAAGCUCAUCUCUUUAAGCCUACAUUUCCUGCUAGUAAAGAGAGGAUGUUGGGAAAACAAGCCAUUUUCUUUCAUCAAGGAGACUAUCAUGCCAAGCUGAGGAAGCUAGUUCUUCGAGCUUUCAUGCCCGAAGCCAUCAAAAACAUCGUCCCAGAUAUCGACUCCCUCGCGAAAACCUCUCUUGAAUCUUGGCAAGGAAGAUCAAUCAACACAUACCAAGAAAUGAAGACAUACACAUACAACGUUGCAUUGCUUUCCAUAUUUGGGAAGGAUGAAAUGCUCUAUAGGGAAGAUCUCAAGAGGUGCUAUUACGUACUCGAAACGGGAUACAAUUCGAUGCCAAUCAAUCUCCCAGGAACACUCUUCCACAAAGCAAUGAAAGCAAGAAAAGAGCUAGCACAGAUCUUGGCCAAAAUCAUCUCACUUAGGAGGGAAACAAAUCAGAACCACACAGAUUUGUUGGGAUCUUUUAUGGGAGAUCAAGAAGAUCUUACUGAUGAACAAAUUGCAGAUAACAUCAUUGGAGUCAUAUUUGCUGCUAGAGACACUACAGCUAGUGUCCUUACAUGGAUCCUUAAAUACCUAGGAGAAAAUCCUAGUGUCCUACAAGCUGUCACAGAAGAGCAAGAGGGAAUAAUGAGGGAAAAAGAGAAGAAUGGUGAAGGGAAAGUGUUGAGUUGGGCAGACACAAAAAAAAUGCCUAUGACUACAAGGGUGAUUCAAGAGACACUUAGAGCUGCUUCUAUUUUAUCUUUUACUUUCAGAGAAGCUGUUGAAGAUGUUGAGUUUGAAGGGUAUCUAAUACCAAAAGGAUGGAAAGUACUACCACUAUUCAGAAAUAUUCACCAUAGCCCAGACAAUUUUCCUGAACCAGAGAAAUUUGAUCCUUCAAGAUUUGAGGUUUCUCCAAAACCCAAUACAUUCAUGCCAUUUGGCAACGGGACCCACUCAUGUCCAGGAAAUGAGUUAGCCAAGCUGGAGAUUUUGAUCCUUGUACAUCAUCUGACCACAAAGUACAGGUGGUCUAUGAUGGGCCCACAGAAUGGAAUUCAGUAUGGACCUUUUGCUCUUCCCCAGAAUGGCCUGCCCAUUAUGCUCUCCCACAAAACAUCAUCUUUUUCAUCAUAAAUCCACUAAACAAAACAUUGAAUUGAGAGAAAAUCUCUUCAUUUCCAGAACAAAAGAUUUUCCCUCACAACUUGGAGGAAAAUAAGAAAGAAGAUUUCCUCUUCAUGAAGAAAGCUAAAAGGGGUUCAGAAACAAAAUUGUUUCACUUGUCCUCGAAGAUUUCUUGGUUAUAAAAACAACAGUUAUUAAAGGAAAGGGGAAAUUCAAACCCAAAGCAAAAGAAAAUUUUGUAUAUAUAGCGAUAGAGUUUCUUUUUAACGAAUUCAAGAAAAUGUCACAUAAUAGUAUUCUACCUUAAAGAAAAAAAGAGAGAAACUCAAGGAGAAAGGAGUUAAUGUAAACGUAGGGGGAUUCCUUUUUUUUUUUUUUUUUUUUUUUUUACAUUUUUGUUUUCCUUCUUUCUUGCUAUGUAAUUUUUCCUUUUUAUUUCUUAGAAUUUAUUUGUGGUAUGUAAAAAGUCCGCAAGGCAAUUAAAUGAAAGUCUGAUUUGGGCAGCAACA